AUGAGUGAUCCAGAGUUUAAAUUAGGCAUGACAUUUGCUUCUAAGAAUCAAUUUAGGGAAGCAGUGCAGAAUUAUGGUUUCAAAAAUGGGAAAGAUAUUAGAACUGUUAGAAAUGAUGCUUUGAGGGUUAUAGUUGAGUGUUCACAGGAUGGUUGUCCUUGGAGAAUAGGACUGAGGAAAGUGCUUCACUCACAUGCUUGGAGGAUUUUGUACAUGGUUGAUGUGCAUGAAGGUUGUUCUUGGGUUUGGGAGAACAAAAUGGUAAAAGCUGCUGUGGUUGCAAAGAGGUGGGCCAAACAACUGAAUAACAACCCCGAAUGGAUGAUGAAAAAAUUCAGGGAUACAGUUACAAGUGAAGAGGGGUUUUAUUUAAGUGAUCAACAAGCCUACAGGGCAAUGUGGAAAGCCAAGAAACAGAGAAUUGGUGAUGCUGAAGACAACUUCAAGAAGAUAUGGAGCUACUGUGCUGAAAUGGAUAGGACAAACCCUAGGACUAGGUAUAAAGUGAAGCUGAGUGACUUGCAAGAUGGGAUUACUGGCCGGGAAAGGUUCUUAAGGAUGUACAUUUGCUGGGAUGCUUCCAAACAAGGAUUCAGACAUUGUAGACCUCUAAUAGGUGUGGAUGGGUGUCAUUUGAGAAGUGGAUCUGGUGGGAUGCUCCUGACUGCAGUGGGUGUUGAUGCUAAUGACAGUAUUUUCCCACUUGCGUAUGCUAUUGUUGAAGGGGAAAGGAGGGAGUCUUGGUCUUGGUUUCUAAACUUCCUAGCUGAAGACUUGGGGAUAACAAAGGAUAGAGAACAGGAUUUUACCUUUAUAAGUGAUAAGCAGAAAGGAUUGCUGCCAGCAUUUGAAGAAAUUAUACCUGGUGUGGAGCACAGGUUUUGUGUGAGGCAUCUGCACUCAAACAUGAAAGUUGCAGGUUUCCAAGGGAAGGCAUUGAAGGAUGCUCUGUGGGAAUGUGCUAGGGCAACAACUAGGAAUUCUUAUACAAUUGCACUAAGGAAGCUUUGGGUCUUAGAUGACGCAGCUUAUCAGUGGUUGGGUGACAACAUUACUUGGUGCUAG